GAGAAAACUUGUGCACUCACAGUCACCCUAGUGAGAUCCAAUUUUUAGUUUACUUAAUUAAUUGGAAUUGCUACCACCUUUUCUGUCCCACUUUGAGAUAAAGUAAAAGCAGAGAAAAAGCAAAGAAGGAAAAGAAAAACAUAAAAGAAAGGGAAGAAAGAAAAAAAGCAGAUCAGAGUAAUAAAGAAAUGAGCUAGCUAGAGAAAAAAAGAGAGAGGAGAGAGAGAGAAGGAAACAACAAAGACAAAGGUUCUCAAAACUCCAUAAUUAUUCAAAUUCUCUUCAAAACAGGACCUGGGUUUUCCCCCUAGUACUACUUAAUCCAGUGCAGGAGGACCUCUCAAAGUUUCUACAAAGACUUGUUUUGGGAGCUUCAACAAAAGACCAAAAAAAAAAAGAAGCCAAGGGAGCCAGCUGAGAUCGAUAUAUAUUAGAGAAACCAACAAAAAGAGAACAAAAGGAAGCUCGCUAGCUAUAGCUCAGCUCUCGUUCAGAAUCAGAAGAUAAUAAGAGGCAUGAAUAGAGGUGUUAAUUUGCAGAGCUCACCGGUGCAACAAAUGAUGGCCGGAAACCCUAACUGGUGGAACAUCAAUAGCAUGAGGCCACCAACCCAGCCAUCUGUUACUUCUCCUUUCUUGCCGCCGCCUCCUCCUCCUCCUUCUUUUUUCAUUCCACAGUUCGUACCAAACACUUCCUCUUCUCCAUCAACAACUUCUUCAGGACUUCCUUUUCCUUCUUGGCAUAUUGACGAUAACAUCCAGGAGCUUCCAGAGUCUUGGAGCCAACUCCUCUUGGGUGGAUUGGUAGGCGAAGAUGAGAAGGGGGCUCUCAUGAGGCAAUUUCAUCAAGCAAAGAAUAAGCUGGAGAAUUGGGAGGAGCAAAUAUUAAGUAGCACGCAGGCUCCAAAUGCUCCUGCUGCUGAUGUGAAGCAAGAAAGCUCGGGAUGCGGUAGCUUUGUGUACGGACACCAGCAAGGGGUUAAUGAUCACCAACAUCAUCAAGAUUUUCAGUCAGCGGCUUUGUCUUCUUUGUCUCAAAUUAUGCAAUCAACUGCUUCUGCCUCAUCCUCUCCUAAGUCUUCUUGUGUGACGAGUUUCAACACCAGCAUGUUGGAUUUUUCUAGCAAGUCAGAUGUGAGGCAUCCUCCACCACAUCGAUCGUCUGACCAGUGUAACAGCACUGCAAAUGGUGGUGGGCCGCUUAAGAGAGCAAGGGUUCAACCUUCUUCAACGCCAACCUUCAAGGUGAGGAAGGAGAAAUUAGGUGACAGAAUUACAGCCCUUCAUCAGCUAGUUUCCCCAUUUGGGAAGACUGACACAGCCUCUGUCUUGUUAGAAGCUAUUGCAACAUACAAAUUAACCUAUUCAUUUCUCCCUUCCCAAAGCAAUACCUCCAUCUCUUCCUCUCUCUUCUCCCACGUUCAUGGGGAGAGGAAUUGUGUGUUUCCUGAAGACCCUGGUCAGCUGCUCAAUGACAAUUGCAUGAAGAGGAAAGGAGCUCCCGAGCAGGAUGCUGAUGAAGAGGCAAAGAAGGACCUGAGGAGUAGGGGGUUGUGUUUAGUUCCAGUUUCAUGUACCCUCCAAGUUGGGAGCGACAACGGAGCAGACUAUUGGGCUCCAGCUCUUGGCGGAGGUUUCCAGUAAAUUAAUGAACGCCGUAGCUAGCUAGGUAGCACACUCUAGCUAUAUCUCUAUCAAUCGAAAUCGAGCUUCAUGGAAAUUAAUGAUAUAACAUCAUGAGCAGUCACUCUGCUAAAAUCAAAAGGCUGAUUGCUCAUGAUGCUAUACAAUAGUUAUUUAAAUCUCUGUAUGUACGUAUACGUACGUACGUACGUAUCCCACGUAUGCAUGCAUGUGUGAUUCUCUUUGGGAUUAGGAAGUCCUUAAACUCCCUAAUUUUUAUUAAGUUUAAUUUAUCUAUAAAUCUUCUAUAUUUUGGAUGCUACAACAACGCUAGCUGUUCUUGUAUAUUCUUCGGUAUUAAUGAAUUAGUAUGAGUACCAUUAGUCAUUUUAAA